AUGUCAAUUGUAUUAGAAACCUCAUUGGGAGAUAUAAUUAUUGAUCUGCACACUCAAGUAAGUUUAGCAGCCAAAAACUUCAUAAAACUGUGCAAAUCCAAAUUUUAUAAUGGGGCGCUUAUUUACAAUGUUUAAAAAGACUACUUAGCAUCUAUAAAAUCUGUAAACCCGGCCACUACAGUUUACAACCAACCCUAUUUCGAAGAUUAGAUCAAUCCUUUGUUAAGACAUAACCAAUAUGGAGUUGUAGCCACAUCUAAUUCCAAACCACAUGCAAAUAAUUCAGAUUUUUAUAUUUUAUUGACACAGAAUGCUCCCUAGUUGGAUGGCAAACAUACGAUAUUUGGAUAAGUUUAGGAAGGCUUUGAAGUCCUCUAACAAAUAAAUAGAACUCACAUAGACGAUGAUGGCAGACCACUUUUAAAUAUCAGAAUUAAGCACACCUAUAUCCUUGAUGAUCCUUUUGAAGACAUACCCAAUAUGUUAUACCCUUCAAGAUCUCCAUCUCCUAAUUAUAAGGCUGAAGGCAGAAUUGAAUAUGACGAGAAAGUCUUAAUUGAAGAGGAUGAAGAAUAAUUACUAUAAAAGACUAAAUAGCAUCAAGCUAAGAAAAGAGCUGUUACAUUGGAAAUGCUAGGAGAUCUACCUGAUGCAGAUAUGAAACCUCCAGAAAAUGUAUUAUAUGUGUGCAAAUUAAAUCCAAUAACCGAAGAAAAGGAUUUGGAGGUUAUUUUUUCAAAGUUUGGACUUAUUAAGAACUGUGAGGUCGUUAGGGAUUGGAAAACUGGAUCAUCACUUUAAUAUGCUUUUAUAGAAUUUGAAACUAUUGCAGCUUGCGAAGAGGCAUACAUGAAAAUGGAAAAUGUGAUUAUAGAUGAAAGAAGAAUUCAUGUUGAUUUCUGUUAAAGUGCUCAUUAAUAAUGGUCAUUAUUAAAAAAAGCUUAGAGAAAAAAGAAAGAGUUGAAUUUAUAAAGGGAAUUAGCCUAAAGAAGUAAAAACAAAGAUCACAGCUUUAUUGAAUCACUUGAAUUAAAAAAGGAUUAUUUUCACACUAAAGCUAAUAAUGAUUUUGUUAUUGAUUAAUAAGAAUUACAAAAAUUAUAAGAUUAACAAUUACUAUAAUUGUAGAUGUAAUUAGAUAGUUAAUAAAAAAUAUAAUAACAAACGUAAUUAAAGUAGGAGAAAUAAAAAAAGGAGAAAAAAAAUAAGAAAAAGAGUGCUGAAAAGAAAAAUAAAAGACAUAGAAGUUCUAGUUAGGGAGAAAGCGAUAGUGAUAGCUAAUCAUUAAAAAAUAAAAAAUAAAAAGAUAAACAUAAAAAUAAAAAUAAACAUAAAUCAUAUGAUAGAGAUGAUAAGGAUUAGCAAAAGAGAAAAGAAAAAGAAAAACUGAAAGAAUAAGAAAAGCAAUAGGAUUUGGAAAAAUAAAAAGAAAUUUAAAAAUAAAAAGAACUUGAAAAAUAAUAGGAAAAAGAAAGAGAAAAAGAAAAAGAAAGAGAGAGAGAAAAAGAGAAAGAAAGAGAAAGAGAGAAAGAAAGAGAGAAAGAAAGAGAGAAAGAAAGAGAAAGAGAAAGAGAGAAGGAAAAAGAAAGAGAAAGAAAAAGAGAUAGAGAAAGAGAAAAAGAAAAAGAAAGACUGAGGGAAAAAGAAAAGUAAAGAGAAAAAGAUCGAGAAAGAGAAAGAGAGAAAGAAAGAAAAAGGAAAAGAGAAAAAGAGAAAGAGAAAGAAAAGGAAAAAGAGAAGGAGAAAGAAAAGGAAAAAGGAAAAUAAGAAGAAUAAAAAUUAAAAGAAAGAUAAUAAUCAAAGGAUGGUGGAAAAAAUAAAUAAUCGGAAUCUAAUCAGGACAAUGAAGGUAAUCAAAAAGAUAAUUCAAAAUUAAAAUAAGAAUAAGAAAAAUAAAAUCAAACACAACAAAACAAACCACCUAUGAAAUCAACUUAAAAAAAGAGAUAAACCAAGUCAAGUUAAUCAUCGAAUGACUCAUCAUCCUCUUCUUCGUCCUCAUCAUCAUCAGAUUCCGAUUCUUCAUCUGAAAGUAGUUCAUCAUCAUCCUCAGAUAAAUGA